CGCCCCCAUCGACAGGCUCAGGCCCUUCUACUUUGGUCUUGUCUGGAGAGCGAGAGCGAGCGCUCUUGGGAGACACUUGGGCCAGCGGCGGUCGAUUAGUCAGGCCUCGGAAAGAUGGCGUCCUCGGAGCGGGCAGAGCAGCCGAACCAGCCAAGCUCUUCUCCAGGAAGUGAGAAUGUGGUGCCUCGAGAGCCAUUGAUUGCCACAGCAGUGAAGUUCCUACAGAAUUCUCGGGUCCGGCAGAGCCCACUUGCAACCAGGAGAGCAUUUCUUAAGAAGAAAGGGCUGACAGACGACGAGAUUGACCUGGCUUUCCAGCAGUCCGGCACUGCUACAGAUGAGCCUCCAUCCUUGGCCCUGGCUACGCCAGUGGCCCCCAUCCAGGCCCCCCACCUCAUCCCACAGCCAUACAGCCCCGGAAGUUCCCGAUGGCGAGAUUACGGUGCCUUGGCCAUCAUCAUGGCAGGAAUUGCAUUUGGCUUUCAUCAGCUCUACAAGAAGUACUUGCUGCCCCUCAUCCUGGGAGGCCGAGAGGACAGGAAGCAGCUGGAGAGGAUGGCGGCGAGUCUCUCCGAACUGAGUGGCAGCGUGGCCCAGACAGUGACUCAGGUACAGACGACGCUGGCCUCUGUCCAAGAGCUUCUGAGACAGCAGCAGCAGAAGGUCCAAGAGCUGGCCCAUGAACUGGCUGCUGCCAAGGCCACCACAUCAACCAACUGGAUCCUGGAGUCCCAGAAUAUCAAUGAGCUCAAGUCGGAAAUCAACUCCUUGAAAGGGCUUCUUCUGAAUCGGAGGCAGUUCCCCCCCUCCCCAUCAGCCCCGAAGAUCCCCUCCUGGCAGAUCCCAGUGAAGUCACCGUCACCCUCCAGCCCCGCGGCCGUGAACCACCACAGCAGCAGUGACAUCUCCCCCGUCAGCAACGAGUCCACGACAUCCUCUCCUGGGAAGGAGAGCCACAGCCCUGAGGGCUCCACAGCCACCUACCACCUGCUGGGCCCCCAAGAGGAGGGUGAGGGGGUGGUAGAUGUCAAGGGCCAGGUGAGGAUGGAGGUGCAGGGUGAGGAGGAGAAGAGGGAGGACAAGGAUGAGGAGGAUGAGGACGAUGACGUGGGCCAUGUGGAUGAGGAAGGCGUCCUUGGGGUACAGAGGGAAGACCGGCGGGGCGGGGACGGGCAGAUCAAUGAGCAGGUGGAGAAGCUGCGGCGGCCAGAGGGUGCCAGCAACGAGAGUGGGCGAGACUAGGGCUGGCGCUCGCCUGCCCACCCUUGCAGCCCCGGUACAUCGGUGGCGGGGGGCAUGAAUUGAGGCUCUGCCUCCAUGAGGGUGGCCGGCACCCAGGUAGGUGGUGAGGCUGUCCUCAGAUGCAGCAGUGUGGGGUGCAUCUCUGUUCGGCAGCCUCCCAAACACCUUCCCCAACCCCAGUGGCUCUGGCUGUUCAAGGCCAGGCGGAGGACUCCAGAGCCCUGUGCUCAAGCCCCUGUCGACCCCUCCCGGGCAGUGUCUUGUCCAGGUGUGUCCUCUGCGUAUCUUGACUACCUGACACCAUGCAUGGCCAGAGCUCAUGUCAUCUCCCGCCUCCUGUCACCUCGGUGCAGGGGGAUCUGUGGCCCCGUGGUCUUGCUGUUUCCUACUGUGCUCUGGCUUGGCCUGUGGCUUCUUUUUUGCCUGUUCCAAAAGCCAGAGCCCUGGACCUGCUCCUCAUCUAUUGACCUGCCAGGAUCCAGCCCUCUGCAAACCGGGUCCUGGCUGACAGCUGCUGCCCUUGGGCACCUGCCCAGCCCACCUGCCCUGUUGUCCUGUAUCCCACACCAGGGCAUCCUCGCUUGCUGUGGCAUGGUUUGGCUACUCGGUGGCGAGGCGUGCAGUGGGGCCGGCAGCAGGGCCUUCCUGACCAGCGGGCACGCCUGUCCUUCCCACUGAGAAACAUGUUCAUUUAUGUGAUCAUGUAUAGAUUUCAGAAUAUAAGAUAUGACUGUACAUAAUUGUAAUAAACAUGAGUUGCCAUAUUUAA